AUGGCUGCGGCUGCGGCGGGUGGCUCUUCUUCAGCCGCCUCUGCCUCCGCCGCCGCCGCCGCCACCGGCACCGGCUCGUCCUCCAAGCCUCCACCGACCCCGCCAACCCCCAGGGAGCAUCCGGCGCCCCGCCACCCGCCGCAGCUGAGGAAGCGGGGCGACUCCCGGCGCCGACAGGCCGCCCUUUUCUUCCUCAACAACAUCUCGUUGGAUGGCCGGCCCCCCAGCCUCUUCCCUGGCGGCGAGAAGCCCCCGCCUCCGACUCAAGAUGAGAGCGCGGCCGGGCAGGGGGCGGCGGCCGGCGAGGCCCCCGCCGGGCACCCGCUGCCUCCCUCCGCCGUCGGGCCGUCCCGUCCCGGGGCCCCCAACGGGCCUCCCCCAGCCCCGGCCCUGCUCUUGCAGCUGCCCAAAGACAGUCCCCUGCCGCCGGUCCGCGGCGAAGCCGAGCCCCCGGGCGUCCGAGGCGGCGUCUUCCUGCCCCAGCUGCUGCUGCUCGGGGGUCAACUGGGCUCGCCCGCCCCGCUCACCGCGCCCCCCUCCGCCGCCGCCGGGGCCGCCGCCGCCGCGGGCAUGACCGGACUGGGGGGCAAGGGCGGCCCCCCAACCCCGCAGGGGCUCCUCAGCCCCACGCAGACUAGCACUGGCUUCACCUUGGAGGUCCAGCGGCAAAGAAGGCGUUUUAUCUCCCAGCGCUGUUCUCUAGAAUUUUUAGAAGACAUAGUGGAAUAUGCCACUGUACAAAGAACCAAACACAUAUCUGGAUCACCAAGACACAAAGGCUUGAAGAAGACUCAUUUUAUUAAGAACAUGAGACAGUAUGACACAAAAAAUAGCAGGAUAGUUCUGAUUUGUGCUAAAAGGUCCUUGUGUGCAGCAUUUUCUAUUUUGCCUUAUGGAGAAAGCAUUCGGAUCAGUGACAUAAAGGCAGAAAGCCAGAAACAGAGGCAUCCAUCUGGUGGGGUUUCAGUGUCUUCUGAGAUGGUCUUUGUGUUGGAAGGAGUUGAGCUUGGUGCUGAUGGAAAGGUAGUAUCUUAUGCAAAAUUUUUGUAUCCUACAAAUGCCCUUGUCACACAUAAGAGUGAUAAUCACACUGCAGCAUCUCAACCUCGAUCCAGUGUUCCAAGGACUCUGCCUGGGUCAAGAUACAAAUCUGCAACAGCUAAAUCUGUGCCAUCAGGCACAGAAUUAGGGAGUGAGACAGGUGAUUCAAUAGAAUAUAAUCCUAAUCUCCUUGAUGAUCCUCAGUGGCCCUGUGGGAAACACAAACGUGUUCUUAUCUUUGCAUCAUAUAUGACCACCGUGAUAGAAUAUGUGAAGCCUUCAGACCUUAAAAAGGACAUGAAUGAAACUUUUAAAGAGAAGUUUCCUCACAUCAAACUUACAUUGAGUAAAAUUAGAAGCCUAAAACGGGAAAUGAGGAAUCUCUCUGAAGAAUGCAACCUCGAACCAGUUACCGUGUCAAUGGCUUAUGUUUACUUUGAGAAGCUUGUCUUACAAGGCAAGCUAAACAAACAGAACCGCAAACUGUGUGCUGGUGCUUGUGUGCUCCUUGCAGCCAAGAUCAGCAGCGACCUCAGGAAAAAUGAAGUAAAGCAGCUCAUCGAUAAGUUAGAAGAACGAUUCCGAUUCAACCGGAGAGAUCUAAUUGGAUUUGAAUUUACAGUGCUCGUGGCUCUGGAACUGGCCCUUUACCUUCCCGAAAACCAAGUUUUACCUCAUUAUAGACGUCUAACCCAGCAGUCCUAGCCAAAGCUGCGUUCCACCGAAUUGGCAGGAAGAUUUACAGAAUGCUUUGCUGCUGAAUGACUUCCACUUCCCACUAAUCUUUUCUGUGCCCCUAGUACAUCACAACUUUCCAUUAGUUAAAACGUAUGUUCUCAUAGUGGCAUAGUUGAGUGUUUGUUGGGUGAAAACAAGUUUGUUGGCACAGAAAGGAUUAUUUCCUUUAGACACUAAAGCACAAGUAGUUCACUAUGUAGUUGUCACUGUGGUUGUUCAUUCUUCCCUUCAAAGAUGUUAUGCUAUUGUUCCUUUGAAAGAUAUUUAUCUUUUUUUUUACUUAUUCAUCAUUACUUCCAUUCCGAAAUGUCAUCCGAAAUGGUAUUUGAAAUUUUUCCUAAUUUUUUAUAUAAACAAAAUGAACUUUUUUUUAAUGUGCCUGAAACUGGUCUGGUACCAGAAUCUUUUUGUUGCGUAAGUUAUAGCAUUUUAUCCUUACCUGCAUUUGCCUUGCAUUCAGCAAAGUCCACAACUGCAUUAGCAUAGAAUGGGAUCUAGAUUUCCAGAUCUUGAACAAUUGGUUCGUCGGUAAUGAAAUUACUAAUUUAUUUAAGCAUUAAUAUGGAUAAAGGGAUAGUUAAAAUUUUAGAAUGUUAAAUGUUAGGAAAUAUCUCAUCAUGCAGUCAUAUUUGAUGAAGGUAAUUACAAUCCAGCAACUCUUUAAGACCUACUCAAGUAUAUUGGCUGAAAGGGUGAUUUGCUGUUUGGCACUUCAGGAUGGACUCUGCCAUUGUUUUAAGUACCCAAAGCUAAGUACCUUUUUUUGACUACUUUUUGCAUGCAAUUCUCCCAAGUGUCAGCAGUUACAGUUUUUGCUAUCAAAUUAAGCCAAUGAAACAAGAUCUGAACUUUUUUUAAUUGUAUUUUUUUACUGGAAUUGUUCUUCCAAGCAUCAUGCCACUGUGAUGUUCCUCUUGAAACUGGCAUGUUGCAUACCCAAACAGGCACUUAUGUGAGACUUGAGUAAAGUGCUUAUAAAUAACUGUCCAUCGUGGGUAAGAAAAUGACAUAUAACUUAAGUACUAAACAAAUGUUUGGGUAAAAUUUGCAACACUUUGGUCCUGUAGUAGUUACUUGCUGAUUUUUGCAUUUUGUUUCUCCUAAGCAAUAUUGCGAUUGAGAAAAUUGGUGUUCAUUUUGGUUUUUGUAAGAGAACAAAAAUAACUGGAUUUUUUGAUUAAGGAGUUCACUGAAGAAAAAAAAAGGAGCUUACUGAAGUCCAACUUGAAUACCAUACCUUGCUGUUGAAGAGAGAGAGGGAUAAUUACUCUUAAAGUACUGUAAACUUCAGUUAUGCCUAUUUGGGCUACAUUAAAUAUUGUAUGCCUAGUAUCAAAUUGCGUACACAAUUUUGUAGAUUAGACUUUAAUUGCUGCAAAUUUCAAAUAGUUGUUGUGUCUUACACAGUAUAUACGACAGUGAUACCAACUGGCCAUAAACUUACCUUUUAUGAAUUUGUAUGCAACAUAACAUAUGAUCAGUAUUCAGGUCAAUCUUUAAAAUGUCUUUGAAAAAUUAACUCGCAUGAUAAACAUAGCUGAAUUCCACACAGUUGAAAAGCAUGCUGACAUAUGAGAUCUGAAACAAAAGUUUCUUUGUGGGGAAAACUUAAAAUACUUGUUGCCAGUACUGUCUGGAAAUCAGAUCCAGGCAGGGCCAAGGAUACUGGCCAGUCUUUUUAGUCCAAACAGUUUAGGCCUCUCAAGUUGCUAUUGGGCAUAUUAGUCACACAUUGUGGUAAAUUAACCCAGGUCCCAUCAAGCCUAAGUCUUUGACUAAAGGACUUGUACUCCUCACCAUUCUGACCCAGUUUUCAACUAUCUCCAAGCUGUCUAAAGAUAUCUAUUUUCUACUGAGGUUAUGUUACACCAUAUAACAUUUGCAGGUAAUGAACUAGUUUGACAGUUGCUGGGGGAGGCAGGAAUGGGGAAGGAUCAGCAUACACGCAACAGGUGUAUUUGUCAUCUUGUCCAUCAAAAUUGCCCUUUGCCUGACACAAUACUACCAAUAUGGCUAAGGUAGUUUUAGAAUCAUCUACAGAUAAGUAUAUUAUGGAAGCUACAGAAAGUAUGAACUGUGCUAUGCUCAAAUACUUUUUGUGGGCCAGUGUUUCAGUUUUUAAAUGAGCCAAUAACAGUUCUAUUUCUAUGAGCACCUUAAACUUCUUUUCCCCACGAGGUUGUCCCUUUAUCCACUUUACUAAGGGGCCAGCCUAAACUUAGGUUAUUACUUCAGUUUGGCUGGCCUAACUACAAAAUUAUGUAUACCUACUGUGCAUUUUUAGUCUCCUUAAAAAUAAGUUAUGCCAUUUUUGUCACAAAAGGGUACUUACAAAAUAUAUGUACAAGCACUGUUAAGGGUCUGAUUCCCAAAUAUUUGCUCUAUGGUUUACAACAUAUACUUUAGGUACUUUCCUCUAAACAUUCUGUAUGGCCAGUAGUGAAACUGUUGGCAAAUACAGUAAUUUAAGUUUAACUGUGUAUAUAUGUGUAGUUUAAAUUUUAGCAGCCAAAUUGGUUUUAUAUAACCAAUUAUUUGGCUCAAAAGCCUUGUUAUAAUAAAUGUACCUUUUAGUAAUAUUAAAGCUGCCACUGUGUGGUAGCACAGAAUUACUGCAACAAAGCCAAUAUUUAAACCAAAAUUAAGCCCUAAAACUUUUCAAGGAAAAAAUGUUCGAAUGUUUGAGCUGUCUGUGUUUAAGUAUUUGGGUUUGUGGCCAUAAACAUGUAGUGCUGCUUUCUUUCAGCACAACUGCACUAGGUUAAUGUAAAUUUGUGUAAACUAUUUAGUUUUAAAUGUCAUUGUAUUUGAGUCACUUGUAAUUGGUCAGUUUUCAAUAGUUAGAUGAUGAACUUGUGAAAUUGAGAUGCUGUGAAAUAAAACUUGCUUUUGAUACCUAUG